GCGUGCGGCGGGCACCGGGCCCCGGGCACCGGCACCGGCACCGCCCCGGCCGCUCCUCCCGCCGCCAUGCCCGGCUCCAUCUACCAGCCCGACGGCGGGCAGGCUGCCCGCGGCCCGCCCCGCUGCCUGGCGCUGCUCAGCCCUCCGCCGCCGCCGCCGCCGCCCACCGGGCAGGAACCGGAGCCCGAGGCGGAGCGGGAGGAGCAGCAGCAGCAGCCGCCGCCGGACGAAGCGGCCGCCCUGCGGUUCGCCCUGGAGCAGCUGUCGCUGCUGGGGCUGGACGAGGCGGCGGGGGAGGCUCUGGAGGAAGCGGAGCCCGGCGAGGCUCUGGGAGGCCACCGGGGGACCGGGGGCAGCCCCCCGCUUACCGGCACCGCCUCCCCCCCCCCCCCCUCCUCCUCCUCCUCCUCCUCCUCCUCCCCUCCUCCCCCUCCUCCUCCCCACCACCACCACCCCGGCGUUUUCGGGCCCUUCGCCCCGCACCUCCCGCUGCCCGAGCAGAUGAGCAUCCUGGGCGGCAGGAAGAAAAGCGUGAACAUGACCGAGUGCGUGCCCGUGCCCAGCUCCGAGCACGUCGCCGAGAUCGUGGGACGCCAAGGCUGCAAAAUCAAAGCCCUGCGCGCCAAGACCAACACGUACAUCAAGACGCCGGUCAGGGGCGAGGAGCCUGUUUUCAUCGUGACCGGGAGGAAGGAGGAUGUGGAGAUGGCCAAGAGGGAGAUCCUCUCGGCCGCCGAGCACUUCUCCAUGAUCCGGGCGACGCGCAACAAAGUGAACGGGCUGACAGGCGCGAUGCAGGGGCCUCCCAACCUGCCGGGACAGACCACCAUCCAGGUGAGGGUCCCGUACCGUGUGGUGGGGCUGGUGGUGGGCCCCAAGGGAGCCACCAUCAAGCGCAUCCAGCAGCAGACGCACACCUACAUCGUGACGCCCAGCCGGGACAAGGAGCCCGUCUUCGAGGUGACAGGCAUGCCCGAGAACGUGGACCGGGCCCGGGAGGAGAUCGAGGCGCACAUCACCAUGCGGACAGGCUCCUUCAUCGACGUCAACGCCGACAACGACUUCCACACCAACGGCACCGACGUCUGCCUCGACCUGCAGGGCGGCACGACUGGCUUGUGGGCCAAGGCCCCGCACCCUGCCCGGCGCCCCGCCGCCGCCCUGCGCAACGACAGCCUCAGCUCCCUGGGCAGCGCCUCCACCGAGUCCUUCUACAGCGGGCGGGUGGCGGACGCCAGCCCCACCAGCCCCUACAGCACCAGCAGCGGCUUCGCCUUCAACGAGCCGCCGGCCUCGCUGGGCUCGGAGGAGUGCGACUUCGGCUUCGACUUCUUGGCCCUGGACCUCACGACGCCCACCACCAUCUGGUCGCCCUUCGAGCGCGCCGGCAACCCGCUGCAGGCCUUCAGCGGCUGCUCCUCCUCUGUCGGCGGCUCGCAGAGACGCAGCAGCGGGGCGGCCACGCCGCGCCACUCGCCCACCCUGCCCGAGAGCGCCGGUGGGGCGCUGGAGCACCCCUUGGCCCGCCGCAUCCAGAGCGACCCCGUCAGCACCUUGUCCUGGCUGCCCACCCAAGGCUCGCUCUCCUCCUUCUCCACCAGCACGGGCUACUCCUCCUCCUCCUCCCUGCCCGGCAGCAUCUCGGCCGCCUCGGGCUCGCCCACCGACUCAAGCAGCUCUGACGGGCACCGCAAGAGCUCCCGCGAGUGCAUGGUGUGCUUUGAGAGUGAGGUGAUCGCCGCCCUGGUGCCCUGCGGCCACAACCUCUUCUGCAUGGAGUGCGCCAUGCGCAUCUGCGGCAAAGCCGAGCCCGAGUGCCCCGCGUGCCACACGCCGGCCACCCAAGCCAUCCACAUCUUCUCCUAGCCGGGGCCGGCCGGUCAGGGUGGCCAGCCCCCCCCCCCCCCCAACACAGCUUUUUAAGGACUUUAAACUGUUGGAAUCAACCUUUUUAUUUAACGGAUCAGACUGGGGGUGCGGGGUGGGGGGGACAGAGAUGCUAUUUCUCUCGCUGGAUGGAAGCCGGAGGGCAGGAUCGCGGGGAGGGAGGGGCGGAUGGAAAAAAAAGGGGUCGGGAGGGGUGGGGAGGAAGGGGCGGACGAAGACGACGAGGAAGAGGGGCGCAAAACCGCAGAGAGGAGCAAAAUCAAAUGUUUACAGAAUAGCUUUAACUCUUAACCCGGCUGUGGCGGCUGGGAAGAGAAAGCCCAGCUGUUCUUCAACAGUCCUUUCCAAAUAACAGUAUUCAGUUUGCAAAGUUAAAUAAACAGAAAGAAAAGGUCCGGUUGCACUUUUUAUUUUAGGACAUGCAAGGGUUGUCUUUUAUUUUUUUAAAAGCAUUCUAUUAUUAUUAUAAUUUUUUUGUUGUCGUUCUUUUUGUAUGUAGUUAUUUUUUUGGAUGAUUCUUGACGGUUCUAUAAAUAUAUAUAUUUUUUUUGUAACACAGGUCUUAUCUUCUAUUUUGCCAAUGUGAAAACUGCCCAAAACGCGCAUUACAAGAGGCCAGGGGUCGGGGCCGGGCGGGGGCUGGAGGGGGCACGGUGGACACGUCACGUCGCAAAAACCUGACAGAUUUCUAUCUCCUUUUUAUUUCACAGUCGUUUUUGUUUUUUUUUUUAGUUUUAUUUUUUUAUUUUUUACCUCUUUAUGUAUAUGUAGGGAAUUUAUAGGAAAAUAUGUACUUUAUUGAAUAAAUUUUAAAAACUAAAAUAUAUUUUAUUUUAAAAAGAAAAUAACGGACCUUUAACCUUACAUGGCUAAAGUACUGAUUAUAUAUUUGCUGAGCUGACUUGACGGUUAUGAAAAUUGUAUCAAGAGUUUUAUUUUUUGACUUCAAAGCCUUCUUAAUAAAGACUUUUUACUAUAUACGAACCCA